CGGUGGUAUAACUUCCAUCCAAAGACCCUGAGAAUAGAUUAAAACCAAUUCUAGCAAUAAUUAUCACAAGGAUGGAGAGAUCUCUAUACUAUGUUGAGAGUUUUAUGCAUGCAGCAAGUCGAUCUCCGAGGAGAAAUCACCCACGACCAUGGCUGCAAAGAAGAAGAUCGGGAAAUCCCUGCAGGCGAAGAAGUCGAUCGCCUAAUCCAUACGGCUUUUGUUCCCCCCCCCUCUCUCUCUCACACAUUCUUCUUCGUGCAAGGUACAGGAUGGCCCUGUCCGGAGAUUUCAUGGCCAAAAUCGUAAAGGCGAAGUCCUUGGCGUCAUAGUGAUGUUUGAGCUCGAUCAAAUUUUAGUUAAAGUCUCUUCACCACCUUAAUCAUUCAUCAUCGCUUUGUUACUAUGCGGUUUGAUUCAUUCUAACUUCUUCUUUAGAAGAGCGCAGAAUGAGUGCUAAUCAUGGGCAAACCACGGUGGGACUGGGAUUAAUGAAUGAUUAUGUGUUGAGGCGACUUAGGCUAAAAGUUUAUUGUUGGACCAUGAACUGUUUGGCUACGUAUAACGUUGAUAAUUAGUCAGGAAUGUCUGAGUUUCCCAUAUUUUUGUUGGUUUUGGAGGAAGACUGAACAGCUUGAUUGUUUAUCAGAUAAAGGGAAAGCGGAAGAAGGCAUUGAGUUAUGAUUGCGAUGAUACUGUUUCCUUAUCAGAAUUUCUUAUCUUAGAAAAUGACAUGUAUGGUAAUGUAUUGAAGACACAUUAACAUGGAAACUUCAUUUAUUAUUUUUAGAUGUAGAAAAUAUUUUCUUACUAUUUAUAUUCUGGUUUUUUGUAUUCAUUAAUUAGAAGGAAUUACGAAAUAAUAAGUCAGACUGCGUAUAUGGAAUGGAAUCCCAUUGUUUCAUCUUAGGAAGCAUGGAAUGCGAGACUUGGCCAUAAUGGCACGCAAUUUGAAGUGGUUCAGUGUAACAGCUUUUUAGGUAAGGUUAGAUAUUUCUGAAAAAGUUAUCAAGCUAAUGCAAAUAAUGCUGUGGUAGCAUUCUUAAUAGCCAUCAAAUCAGAUGCUUUCUUUCCUUUACUGUUUUGCUUUUGUUUUUGUGCGCGCGCGCGCGCGUUUAUGGAGAAAUCAAAUCUGAAAUUUAUUAAUUGGGUAUGAGAACACGUAGAUUUACCCAAACGAUAAGUUCUUAAAUAAAUCUGUAUGAAAAUGAAGUAGGAGAUCAAUCAAUCCUGAACUCAUGGUUGUGUGUUUAUAGUAUGUCUUCAUCCAACAUGCAGAGAAAUUGGAGAACCCUCAUAGGCUGAUAUCUCUGUGUGUUCGCGUUUUCUCUCUUUUUUCCUUUUUUAUUCUCUUGCUGCCUUUUGUGUUUUAGGAUGUUUCUUGAUCCAGACCUUUAUUUACUUUUCUUUUUAAGAUGAUGUCUUCUUUCACCAAAGGGGGAAAACAGAAGAAAAUUAGAUUCCUGUAAAAUAUAAGGGGAUAGCUAGUUCUAUAGAAAUCUGGUAUGCAAAAUUUUUGGAAUUUGGAAUUUACAAGUUCCAAGCAAGUUCCUGGAAUUUAAUUUUGUCUGAUGUCCAAUGGUCUAGUUCGGUUAAUUGUUUAAGUAAUAGGUUUUAACUGUAGACUGCUCACCAUCUAUGUUGCUCAGGUGCAGGUUUGGUGUGGGUUCAGGUAUGGGAUACAGUAAGUUUUCUGUAAUUUAAAGGUAUGGACAUGGUGAUGUGAUAUUGAAGUAUCUACUAGCUUUGUCUAUGGUCAUUGAUAUGAUAAUAUUUAAUUCAGGGUCUUCAAGAUUAAGGGUUAAAAUUUUGUUGGAACUCAUACAGUUUACCUGACAUGCAGUGAAAUCAAUUUUUUUUGGUCAAGCAUGAAAAUACUACAUGAUACUUAUUUCAGAGUUGCCCCUAAUAGCUAUGAGCACGGUUAUGCACACUUGACAUGGAUUUAGAAGUAUUUAUGCUUCAUAGCCUACCCUAUAAGUUGCUUGGGAAGUGUUAAAGCAUAAAACUAGCAGACUUUGCAACCCCUUAGCUAGAGGUUUUUUGUCAGAGUUCAUCAUUGUGUUUUCUUGGUUAUUUUUCAUUUGGUGCAUAAGAAGGCUACUUGAUUGUGAUAUUAACUGCUUAUGAUUAUCAGACUGUUACAUGGUGGUGAAGGAGAUAAUAUCCUUGUGCACUUGUUCGGGUAUAAAUAGGGAGAUAUCUAGAUGUAAUAGUGUGUGGAGUAAUGCCACUUCUAUACUUCUAAAUGCCAAAUAUGUCUACCAUAUAACAGACUGCCUCGAUAGAUUUGAGUUUGAUAUAUUUUAUAUGAUAGGAAAAUAACAGAGGAGAGGAGCAAGUUUCAUUGAUCAAUUGCUUCCUAUUUUCAUUUAUGUGUUAUUUUUCUGCCAUUUGAUUUAGCAAGUUGACGCUGUUGUUUUAUCUAAAUGUAAAUUCUUUUUAAUCUUCAGGGUGAAGGUUCAGGCGCAUGAAUCAUGCGGUGUGUUUCAACUAUUUGAUUAACAAACUUUUACUUGUCUGACUCUAGAGAUCAAAUCUAAGCUGGAGUCACCAAAUGAUGCCAUUGAUCCAUGGAGUGACCAGGAGGGGGGAAAUUGCUGAAACAUUUCUAUCUCUUGGAUUUGAUGUUUUAUUUGCAAUUCAGGUAUAGUAAUGGGGGACCAGUUUUGGUGAAAUACUUGCAAACCUACUGAAGUGAAGAGGUGAUAUGAAGUUCUUACUCCCUUUGGUCCUAAAUAUAAGGUGAUUGCUAUUACGUCAUGCAUCCUAAGGGAAGUAUAUUACAUUGUUAGAUUUGUCAAUUAAAAAUAAAAAAAGGUCCAAGAUUCCAUUUCUACUCUUACUAAUUUAAGGAAUGUAAAUGUAUCAUAAAACCUCCACUCAUUUCCAUGGGACAAUUUUUGUGAUCACUCAUUAAAAGUUUGAGAGAUAAAAAUGGGAAACCAUUAGAUAAUAUUACAUAACACAUUAUGCAAUGGACCAAGAAAGUUUUCUAGAAGACACCUUAUAAUCAGGACCAAAGGGAUUAUUAGGAGAACUAACAUACAUUUUCAUUUUCGAACAAUUAACUUAUAAUGCUUGAUUCUUUAAUUGUUAGCGUUGUUUACAUAAAAAAAAAUUCCUUCAUUUUCUUGUUGGGUACCUUAGUAGAGUUUCCUAUACUUUUCACAUUGCACUUUGAAACUCAAUGUCAAGUUUGACUUGGACAGAUUGAAUUCUUAUAAUCACUUAUCUGCAUGCCCCUUUUUGUUCUAUUUACAUAUCUUUUAAUAAUGGCUAACAUGAUGCAGUUUUAAAUAAUUAGAGAUGAUGUAAGUUUUUUAAUCCGAAAUUGAACAAUAUAUGUUCUGCAAUUUACUACAUAUUAGCUUUACAAACUGCUUAUGGAGUUGGAGGAAGGCAGAGCAACUCCGCCUUCAAUUCCCCAAGUUUUUGGCAUUUUGCAAUCUUCUCACCCUUCUUUGUUUCUAAACUAUGAAAGACUUAAAUUGCAGCACAGACCUCUGUGCCUUCUUUGUCUGAGAUUUCUUGAUUUUUUAUAAUGGGCUCAUGGCUCCUCUCUCCACCCACUUAUGUGUGCUUUUGGCCUGAAUAAACAAAUUUCUAGAGAGAGGAAACAGAAGGUCAAGUCACAAGCAUGAGACAUUGUUUUUAGUUCUCUUGCUUCAAAGGUUAUGUAAUUUUGGUGCCUUGAUGUCAAGGUUAUGUUAUCCCCAUGCUUCAAGGUAUUUCUUUUUCUUAUUCAUUUAGCAUCACACAUUGAAGUCAAGUAAUACUCUUUCUAACCUCUGCAGUUGUGCAUAUUUACAUAUAGGUAUUGUUGAAUCUUUUACUCUGGCAGGGCAGUCGGCUGAUAGAUUUGAUUCAAGUGUAUUGCCCGUAUAUUAAUUGAAAGUAGAAAAUUUGUGGUGAAUGUGAUAUUUAUGGUCUAGAACUCAUUAAAAGUGAGCAUGGAUUGUAUUAAUGAAUUCAUUUGUAAACAUAAAUACGAUGGUCAAUCUGCAUCCUUUCCUAUUUAUAAAUCUUUAAAAUGAUUUGAUUGUAAGUAUCAAGUAAAAAUAAUUUCCAAAUAUAUCAUUACUGCCCUUCUUUUACUUUGUCAAAGAAACUAACACAAAUACAAGUCAGACAAUGCAAAGGAAGCAUAGUCAAAAAUACUUAGAAAGAAGAAAUCUUGUGUACACGAGGUAAUGGAUCCUUCAUUGGACAAACAUCAAAACUCAAGAUAUUCUUAGAUGUUGAGAUUCGCCAACCUAUUGUGCUAGUUUUUAGAGAUUGGCUAUCAAUUGAUGGUUUAAUUGAGAGUAUGUGGAAGGAUCUGGACGUCAGAAGAGUGGGCUGGAAUGACUAGGAUAUGGCCUACUUGGUGCUUAAAAGACCCUAGGAGAACCGUCUAGAGUGGGAACAAAAGGGUGGAAAGGAAUAAUUUGGAAAAAGCCUAGUUAGUGCCUAAAGAGGUCCAAGACCAAUGUGUCAAAAUCACUCCUGAACAGGCUGCAGUGUAUUCUGGCUUUCAAAGAUUGGUCUUUUUUUUUUUUUUCCUUUAAUGGGCUUUCUUUGGGCUCUAGAUGUUUUGUUGUUUGUAGUGUAACAGAAAACAAAUGAAUAAUAACAUGUGGGAAGUAAUUAAAUGUGAGCUUUUAGAACAGUUUUAAUAUAUCACUCAUUAAAGUGUCUUACAAUGAGUAUACAUUACAAUGUUGAAGAAUGCAUUAAAAAUGUACAAAAUGUUCAGUUCCUCCUUUUUUUUUAAAGUGAAUUUUGUGAUUCAAUGAAGUUUGUAGAUGCAUUUGAGGUAAGUUGAAUCCAAGCAUGGUAAUCUACCAUGUUACAUGAUUUAUGUUCUUUAGCCUUCAAUGUUGUCUAGGUGUGAGUUUUGUGAUGUCCUGUUUCUCUUUUUGUGUAAGGUUAGAAAAGUAUUUGGCAUAAGGGGAAAAAAUAAAAGAAAAGAAAGUAAAGGUAGGAGAGUAAAUUGGAAUAGUUGAUUAGUCAGCAUUGGCGGGAGGGCAUCAUUGAACAAAGAGAGAGAAUGAGCGUUUAGUGUAGGAAAGGGCCAGCAUAAGAAACUCUGGCAUGGCACAGUUGUAUUUGCCUAUAUGUUAGUGCAAAGUUGAUUUUGUGAGCAGCUUUUGAUGAAUUAAGAAUUAAAUCAAGGCCUUACCAACAGGUGCUGGUCCUGUUGGAAGAGGCUAUGGUCUCUUGAGUUUAAGUUUGUAUGAAUGUAAGAAAAUGCCUUUGGGAAAGCUAUUUCCAAAUAGCUCCGACAAUGCUCGAAUUUGACCCAGUUAGAUAGUCAUAUUAAAAAAAUAAAUAAAUAUAGGCCUUCACAUUGUGCUAGGCUAGGAAGCACUGGUACUUUGACAACAAGGCCAUAUGCUACAUUAUAUAGGUGUUUGACACUCAUGACAGAUGAAAUAGAAAACUUCAAAUUUCCCUCCAACAUGACGUAUGUUUUCAUGUCACUAUUUUCGUAUUUUGUUCCGUACUAUAUGCAUUUUAGAAUGUAUUUAUGCUUGUUAGAUGGUAAGUAAAACCAUAAUUGUAUUAAGUUUUUUGUUUUGGUGAAAAGUAUUUUCAUAAAGUAAACAAGGCGAUUAUUUUAAUAUGAUCAUAUGCUACCCUAAAAUUGGGUUGAGAAGGAUAGGAAAGGCAAAAAAAUAAAAGGGAAAUUAGUCAUUGAUUUUUCUUUGUGAAGUGAUUUUAGUAAAAGGAAAGCAACUACAAAAAGAAAAAAAAAAUCAUGUUCAUAAAAAUUUUAUUUAUUUUACUUCUGUUAAUAUGGAAGAUUUUUCAUUUUUUCCAUGUUUUACUUUAUAUUUUUGUCAAAGAAUCCUUUUAUUCUCUUAUUUAAUGCAGCAUUUCCUUAUUGGACCAUUGGGAUUUUAAUUUUGCCCUUUUGUGUAAAAAGUAAGAAACAAUCACGCUUACCAACCAUCCCCAUUAUGCUAUGAUCUGUCAACUGUUGACUCCUGGCACAGGCAGACUAUAACGGUUUUGUAAUCUGCCAUUGUGCUGUAUGCACUCCCCACUCUGCAUCAUCACCAAACCAGAAGAGGCAAAAAAGAAAGAAAGAAAGAAAGAAAGAAAGAAAGAAAGAAAGGGAGAAAAAAAGAACCAGAAUGGAAGGCAAGCAGCUACCCCAAGAUGUCAUGGUGGAAAUUCUCUUGAAACUCCCUCUCGAGUCUCUGAUGCGCUGCAAAAUCUUGAACAAAUCCACCUAUGCUCUCAUCUCCAGCUGUAAUUUCAUCAAGAAACACUUUCAGCUCUCAAAAAGCCAACAAGGUAUGCUGGCCUUUCAUUGUGAAACGCUGACAGGGUUUUCUGCAGCAUUGCUUCCUGAUGACAUCUCUCAGCCUGUUAUUGAUCUAGAGCUUCCGCGGCCCUCAGACAAAAUCAUUGGUGAAAUCAUACCUUAUGGUCCUUGCAAUGGUAUUUUCUGCCUUCAUUUUACUUACCUUGACUGCACAGAUCAGUUAUGCUUGUGGAAUCCAGUGACAAGGGAGGUCAAGGUCCUUCCUUUACCUAACCAUCAUAUUUCCUUGAUGGAUGACUUUGUCAUACAUGGCUUCGGUAUUGUUCCUGGAACAAAUGACUAUAAGGUUGUCCGAAUUUUGACCUCUAUGGAUUUUGAUAUAGAAGACAGCAAACCCUUUAUUGCCGAGGUGUAUAAUCUUAGUACCAAUUCAUGGAGAACAAUCGAUAUUACUGAGUCUGCUUAUAGCUUAGUUUCUCCAAUAUUUUGCUCCUAUCUAAAAGGAGUUUAUCAUUGGCUGACCCUUGGUCUCUCUGAAGAAGCCAUCAUUUGCUUUGACAUGAGUGAUGAGGUAUUUUGGAAGAUGGAGUUGCCAGAGGUGUACGAGGAUGAUUCAAUUCGUCAAGUUACAGAUUGUAAUGUUGCUGUCAUCAAUGAUACUAUUGCGUAUGUUAAGGAAUAUAGCUUGAAUUACUCAAUGGAUAGUCGGAUUGAUAUUUGGGUGAUGAAUGAAUAUAGUGUUGAAGCCUCUUGGAACAAAAGAUAUGUAAUUGGACCAGGUCUUGGACUGUCGAAGUUCCUUGGGUUUUGGAAAGAAGAUGAGAUUCUCGUGGGAGAGGAUAAUCAACCUUUGAUUGCAUAUAAUCCUGAUGCCCGUCAGCAAGUUCAUGAAUUUCCAAUCCAUGUUGCAGAGGAAAUGUUUCAGGCUUUCAAAUAUGUGAGAAGCAUUUUUCCCUUGUCUAUGUUAGAGGAUGAGUAAGCUUCAGGGUAUGUUUGGAUUAAGGAGAAUGAAGGAGACAUGAGGGAAGGAAAGGUUUGAUCUAAGUCUAAAUCUAGGAAAAUGGUCGAAACCAAACUUCUCUUUUGUUCCGUCCUCCUCAAUUCAAGCAUAGCUUAAACCAGACCUGACUGCAUCUGGGCUUCGAAAUUUAUUUGGCAUAAAUAAAUGGUUGAAAAUUUAUUUGGCAUAGCUUAAAUUUAUUUGUCAGGUUCUUAUGUUGCAAAUUUAGUUCCUUUAGAAAUGGUUGAAUUAAUAUAGUGUCAAACUGUCCGUUGAACUUAUGUGCUUCCUCAGACAAACUUUCUCAGCUCGUGUGUUCCUCUUAUGUUUAAUCUCUGGAUGAUGUUUUCUUAUCAAUGCAAUGAAAUUACUGAGUUUUGAUAUUA